AUGAUUUCACUCGACUUUCGGACUGGAGUCCGCGACAAGACCUCGAAGACAACGCCGCCGACCAAAGCGAAAGAGUUGGACGAUUGGCAGCAAAUGAGACAAUUGUCGUUAACCAAGAAAUUAAAGUUCAUGUUUGUUAAGUACUGGUAUAUAUCAAUACCCGUUCACGUGAUCACUAGUGGUCUCUGGUUUGGCGCUUCAUAUCUGGUCGCCAAGAGUGGUUUUGACGUGAAGAGUAUAUUGGAUGUGAUUAAGCCGUUCGCCGAGAAACUACCACUUCCUGAGUUCAUCAUCAAUGUGUUGAACAGCGAUACGAACGCCGGAUCUGCCGGUUAUGUGGCGCUAGCGUUGAUCCUUUACAAGUUGGCCUCUCCCGCCAGAUAUGCCACAACUGUUGGCGUCUCCUUCUACUCCAUCGAGUUCUUCGUCAAGAGAGGCCUUAUAAAACCGGUUCCAUCGGUUCCAGCGAUCAAAGCUCAGGUGACGAUCACUCGAUCUAACAUUAAUAAUGUUCUUCGCGACCGAAUGGCUAAACGCGAGGAAUUAAGAAAGAAAAUGAAGAAACCCCGACAAAAAUAGUUACCAUUGAUGGGCUUUUAGAC